UUAGGUCUCUAUAUAUACAUAUAUCUUUUUCUAUCUUUUUGUCUAGCUAGGGUUUUGCAGUUUCUAUCUUUAAUUUAUUUUCACCCAUUUAGUCACAUUGUGUACCCACUCAGAAAAAGAAGAUCGAUUUGCUAGCUAAGAGAAGAAGCAAGAACCAAAAAAAAAAACUUUUUUUUUGGAAUAUAUUUAAGAAGAAGAAGAAGAAGAAGAGGAAAAUGGGAAGAGGAAGAGUGGAGCUGAAGAGGAUAGAGAACAAAAUUAAUCGACAAGUUACAUUUGCAAAGAGAAGGAAUGGACUUCUCAAGAAAGCUUAUGAGCUUUCAGUGCUCUGUGAUGCUGAAGUUGCUCUCAUCAUCUUCUCUAAUCGUGGCAAGCUCUAUGAGUUCUGUAGCACCUCCAACAUGCCCAAAACACUUGAAAGGUAUCAAAAAUGCAGUUACCAUACACCGGAAGUUAAUCACUUAGCCAAAGAGAUCGAGCAAAGUAGCUACAGAGAAUACUCAAAAUUGAAAGAUAAAUACGAGGCACUGCAAUGUUACCAAAGACAGCUUCUUGGGGAAGACCUAGGCCCUCUGAAUAUAAAGGAACUUGAACAUCUUGAGCAUCAACUAGAGACAACAUUGAGGCAGAUUAGGUCAACAAAGACCCAAUCUAUGCUCGAUCAGCUUUAUGAUCUUCAAACCAAGGAAAAACUGUGGCUUGAGUCUAACAGGGCUUUAGAGACCAAGCUCGAUGAAAUUUACAGAGAACAUCACAUUCGGUCAUCAUGGGCUGGAAGCGAGCAAUGUAGUAUAUUCAGCCAGCAGCAGCAGCAGCACCCUCAAUCUCAAGUGUUCUUCCAGCCUUUAGAAUGCAAUUCCAAUUUGCAAAUAGGGUAUAAUCCUGAAGUUUCAAACCAGAUAAAUGCUGCUGCAAAUCAUGAUGACCCAAAUAUGAAUUCAUUCAUCCCUGGGUGGAUGCUUUGAUGAGUUGUACUUUGAAAAGACACAAUACACCAGGCAGAGGUAGAUGCUGCAUUUUGUGGUUGAUCAUCAUCAGACAAAUAUAUAAAUGCUAUAUAUAUAUGACUAUCAUAUGUUGUAACCUAUAAUAAUGUACAAAAGUGAUUCUGGAUUUUGGAAAACUUGAAAAAACCCUUUGACCAUGGCAUGUAAUGUAAACAACUUAUGGCUACUAUGGUGGAUAUGAGAGAGAGACCUUAUUUUAUCUAUUUGCUUUAAAUAAAUUGGUUGUUUGACCUUUUUAUUGAA